AUGUCCCGCAAGGCUUAUGGCUCCAACGCCUACAACUACUUCGUUGUGUUCGUUGCAGCAUUGGGUUCUUUUACCUUUGGAUUCACCAAUGCAAUCGUCGGGACCGUGCUUGGAUUACCAUCUUUUCUCUCCUAUUUUGGUCUGGCGCUGGAUUCGAGUGAUCCAAGAGACCAGAGGAUCAUCGGGGCCCAGAAUGGCCUCUUUUUCGGAGGUGGGUUGAUUGGGUGCUUCAUCCUUUCGUCGCUGGUCAACGCAUGGGGUCGAGUUCGCGGCUUCCAGGUUAUCUGUUGCAUCUCCGUGGUUUCUGGCAUUCUCCAAGGGGCCGCCGUGCAUCUUGGAAUGCUGCUGGUUGGCCGUUUCCUGGGUGGCAUUGCGUCAGGGAUGCUGUGCUCUGCCGUACCGCUUUACCAGUCCGAGCUCUCUCCGCCAGGCAGACGCGGCCGCAUGGUUGGCUCUCACGGGGCUCUUCUAGCCACUGGCUUUGCUUUGGCUGGCUGGGCCGCUUAUGGUUGCUAUUUUGCAAAAGAGGGCCAGCUACAGUGGCGCCUCUUGCUGUCUCUUCAGGUUGUCAGCCCCGCGCUUCUCUUCGCCAUUUCCUUUUGGAUGCCAGAGUCACCGCGAUGGCUUAUCAUGAAGGAGCAUAAGCAGGCCGGCCUUGAAACCCUGAAAAGGCUUCACCAUACUGCGAAUGACCCAGACAAUAUUCUAGCCCACGAGGAGUACCAUCAAAUCUGCGGACAGCUCGCGCUCGAAGCCGAGAAGCCUAGUACCUUCUGGCGGCUAAUAAGAUACCCAUCCUAUCGUCGCCGCUUUCUUCUAGCGUUUUUCCUUCAAUUCAUUUGCGAAAGCAGUGGAAUUGCUGUCAUCAACAACUAUUCCGUCCUCCUGUAUACCGGCCUUGGGCUGACUGGAUGGAAGCCCCUGCUGGUCUAUGCUGGCUACGCCACCUGGGCAGGUAUCACAAAUUACGCGAGCAGUUUGAUCAUCGACCGAGUUGGUCGUGUUCGGUUGUUUAAGAUUGGUGCUGUGACUACCUUAAUCUGUCUCGUCGUAUUUGCUGCUCUCUCCGCCGCCGUUGAGGACUCUGGCGACAAAGUGAUUAGCGGCGCUGCGGUAGCGAUCCUCUUUUUGUAUCUGACCUGCUUUGCAACCUGCAUGGACACCAACUCAUUUGUUUACUGUGUUGAGAUAUUCCCCACCAAUGCACGGGCUGUCGGAUUCUCGACGGCCGUCUGUGGCUGGAUUGGGACUAACUUGGUGUACACCCAGGUUGCCUCCAUUGCGUUCAACACUAUUAAGUGGAGGUUCCUGCUCGUCUUUAUUUGUAUCAGUGCGGCAACACUGCCGUUCUGGUGGUACUGCUUGCCCGAGACCAAAGACCUCUCAUUAGAGGAGAUCGCGGCUUUGUUUGAGGACGAGGUUGCUAUUGACUUCACGCACAUGGGCGAGGAUGAAAGGAGAGAAUGGGACGCAGCGCUGCUGCAGGGUGACAGCAAGGGUGCCAAUGCUCUCAAAGGGCUGUCCUACCAUUUGGAGGAGGCGAAGGCUGGAGCUACAAAUGCAGCUUGUGGUUGA